AUAUAUAUUACUAGAAGUACGUACAUUAAUGAAUGUUAUUAAGGGUUAAUUUUGUUUUCUCUCACCAGUAACCACUUUCCGUAUGCUUUUGUACAAUUUUUUUCUUCUCUGCACCGGACAUUGAAGCAUUUACAUAAUACACAAAUACACUACUAUAACGGAUGAGAAAUUACGUUUUCGUACGACUUAUAAAUAUUACACAUUUCAGCCGCCUACAUAAUAAUAUACAAAUUAAUAAAUGUAAGCCGUUGUGAUUUGGUUUCUAAGCUGAUAUUCAAAGGUCGUCAUUGAUUUUUAGUUUUUACGUUGUAAUUUGAUACAGUUUUUUAAAAUGUCUAACGAAUCUGAGUUGAUAACACAUUUCGACACUAUCUACGGAUUUGCCGAAGUAUUAGCUUUGAAAAGUGUGCGUGAAAUUCAAAUACCAGUCUGCAAUUCUCUCACUCAACUAACCUCUAAAGAUUGUCUCAAGUUAAUGAAAUAUGAAAUGGAUAAGUGGUCUGAUCCUAAGGAAUCAUCUAUGGAAAAAAUGCUUCUAUGUUAUUUAGUAACAGAUUACAUAGGCUGUGGAUUAGCUUCUCCAGAAUUUCAUACUAUAUUUCACAAAAACCUUUUCACGGAAGCAUCUAAGAUAAAACUUUUGAAUGAUUUAAUAAGAUUCUGGGAUAGCUUAUUCAAAAAUUAUAAAAUUUCAAAUAUUGAUUUUAUUAAAAAUUUGAUGGCUGGCUUGGAACGGAUUUUUGUUAAAAUGUCAAUUUUAGUGCCAGACGAUCACAUCAAAAUUAAAUGCAAUAUAGUCAUAGAUAAAAUUAAAUAUUGCAUUAGAGAGUAUGAACAAAAUAUUUUAGAUCAACAGACUGAUACAUGUAUGCAACAACUUAGCUGUAACAAGAAUAAAGUUAUAGGCAUUGAAAACAUAGUUCCAAAUACAUCAGUUAAAUCAGAAGUGAAUUAUUCUAUCAAAAAUCAUGUCCAGCAAAAUCAACAAAAAAGAGAACACAUGAAUAAAAGUAUAGAAUGUAUGACUUUGAAUAGUCUAACACAAAAAAAAAGUAUAGAUCUUCAAAAGCAUAAUUCUCAAACUUUGGUUGAUCAUCAUUUUUCAAAGAAACCAAAAUUAAUGUCAAGUGAUGUGCUAAAUAGGAGUACCACAUCAGAUGCUGACAGUAAUGUAAUAGUACCUCAUGAAGAAAAGAAGCUCAAUGCUUUUCAAGUAAUGAUGCUCAAUGCUAAAAAACAAAAAACAAAAUUGAAAUAAAUCUACACACCUAUUUUAAUUUUCUUUUUAUAUAACUUAUA